GGAUGAUGAUGGAUACAUCUGCAUCAUCGUCAGGAGGAGAGUCAGCGGAAGCAUCUAACCAACCACAUGAUGAUGACGAAGACGAAUAGGAUCAAUCCGACAACGAUAAAUCAACAUUCAACAACUAUAAAUAAAAGUAAAUAUUUCAAUAACGAUGACAACUUGACAUGCAAUGAAUUUCGCUAAUAAUCAAGUAAUCAUCAAAGUUGUUUCGGUGAUGAAACGAGGAAGUGCAAAAGACACUUACAAUACUGUGAAUGGAAGCGUUGUCUGGAACGGCUACUCGUGGAAGGAAGCGGCUUGGAUUCCUACAACACAACACGUUAGCCUUGUCCGGGGGGUGAUCUCCCGGAAUACCCCUCCGACGCUCAAGUCAGAACGUAGAUCAAAGAUUAUUGAAUAAUAGAUUGUAAAGAAUGCGGUAAAUGAUAUCGAGAUUAAGAUUGUAAGUGUUUGGGUAGGUUAAUGAAGCAGUGGGAGUAAGGAUACUAGUAAGGUUAUUUUUUCCAGAUUCUCCUCCUUCCUUGAUGGUAGCCCCUAUUUAUAAUGGUGAUGAAGGGAAGUUGUAUCUGAGAAGAAGUGAACUAUCAUGGGAGUAGUGGGAGUAAUGGGAGGUGGACUGGUCAUGGGAAGAAUGGACAGUUAUUCAUCUUGAAACAAGGAGAGCCAUACAUUGUGGGAAAGUGGGGAGUUAGGGUUUUUUAGAGGUAACUGGCCCAUGGGCCAUUCAAGGAAAAUGGUAAUUCCAAAAAAAGCUCAUUGACCGAAAGUCAAGGUCAACUGAAAAGGUCAAAGGGUAUUUUAGUAAUAUGAUGCUAAUUAUUAAAUAAACAAAUUAAUUGAAUAAACAGUACCAUGACAUUUAGCCCCACGUAUGAAGGAUGAUGUGAGGGGAGAGCCCCAACAACCGGAAACAUCUUCCUUUAUGCGGAAAAACACGUGCCCGUCGGAGUUGAUUUAGUGAUGGAACACGAUCGUAGAGAACAUUCGAAAGCCCCAUGCGGAUGAACACAUAUCCAAUCUGGCGAAUCUUCUAACGGCUCGUGAAAAUUGAGCUUGUAAGCUCUGAAUCGACUGUUCAUAUGUCAAGUUCUGAGUUGUGACGAAGAAGAUACGACCUUUUCAAAAUAAUCGUGUAAAAAACGAACAAAGCCGCGGCUUGUAACGUGCCGCGGAGUAGCCCCAGGCGUAUUAUACCGCAGCAGCAAAAUCGUAAAUGCGAGGGCUUGAUUCCACGACGUCCCAUACAACGUGCUGCAUACUUAGAAUAUUUUUCAAGUUUUGACCCACAAAGGGGGGUCCGACUUAUCGACUUAGCGACCAACACAAAAUCUUCCUGACAUCCCGACAUAUUUCGUACGUAGAACCGCGGCCUAUAACAUGCCGUAGGAUAAUUGGAGUCCCGAUCCUGGCUCCCGCUUCAUUGAUGCUACGGAAAUUCCCUAUACUUCUCUGUUGAGCUGAGAUUACGGGAAACUAACAAGGGCAUGAUUAUUUCUCGGAGAACAUCCGCGCCUUUGGCUUAACCAUGACGCGAACUAAGAGUCCGCGUCUUCAAUUCACACGUUCAUCAUGAAAAUUCUCCCAUACUUAGAAUUUUUCAAAAAUGGUAAAGGGUACCAGAGGAUCCGACUUUUUGAUCAUACGGUAAUAUUUCACACUUGGAAUAUUUUGGAAAUGAUAAGGACCACCUGGGGGUCUGACUUAUGGACCAUACGGACAAACUCGACAUUGCGGAAAAGUAAAAAUGUUCCCAAUACCUAGUCAUGGCAAGCCCCUUGUUCUUCCAUGAUACGGAAUGAGCACCGUAUUCCGUGUCUUCAAUCGCACGGACAUACAAGAGAUCUUCUAUACUUAGAAUUUUUCACCUGGACUAGGGCCAUCUAUGGGUCCGACUUGUCGACUUCACGGAAGAACAUACACCUUGUUCUUCUAUGACGCGAAAUCAGUACGAAGGCCCGUGUCUUUGAUCGUACGGAAGUAUGGGAAUUCACUUGUACUUAGAAUUUUUACACCAUUGACUGAAUGUACCAGUGAGUCCGACUUAUCGAUCCUACGGACUUCCUUUGCACUUGUUUCAUUCAUGCUUUACUCAGGCGGCGGUUUAGAGCGAAGGUGACGCGGCAUAACAUCCGCCUUAUCGAUAAGUCGGACGGUUAAAUGUGCAAUUUUUCAUACUUAAGAGUAAUUUUCGUUUCUAGGGGUGCAGUUCAGGGUCCGACUUGUUGACUUCCUGGACACGUUUAAGCGCUAAAAGACUUAGAAUAAUUUUUCAUAUUCUCCCUCUCCCUGGGGGUCCGACUUAUGGACCUGACGACUGUAUGAGAGUUUGGUAACUGGUUACUUAGAGAAUUUUAUGAGGUUACACCUCUCAUUAGGGGUUCGACUUUUCGACCUCCCAUCUAUAGUUAAGGACUGAUACUUAGAAAGAUUUUGCAACAUGUCCCUUUUAUUGAGGGUCCGACUAGUAGACCUCACGGAUAUUGCUAAAACACUUAGAAAAGAUCUUUGAUGACUUCCCCUAACUGGGAGACCGACUUAUCGACUUCCCAGCUUUCGUUUUGGGAUUCCAUUUGUGUUUAAUGAGGGUUCAAGUCCCAAGUAAGGCAUUUAUUGCUGCAAUAAAUAGGGUGGUUGGAACAGUUCCUCUCAUCUAAUCUUCAUUAACUCCCUCAAAUCUUCAAAUCGCUAGAAAGAGAAAGUAGAGAGAGACGCUCUGACAAUCUUCAUCCCUCCUUCAAACUUCUGACAAAUUCUCGAAGAUCUUCAAGGUUUCUGACAGAUCUUCAUCAAGUUUCUGACAAAUCUUCAAAUUCUCUUCAAGGUAUUCAAACUUUUCCUCAGAUUUUCAAAUUUCUUCAAGUUAUUCUUCAAACUGUUCUUCAUGUUCUUGAAUGUUUAAAGGUUUUGAAUUAGUUUUAUGAAAUUGUCCAUUAUUCUUUACAAGUUUCGCCUACUAUUUUACGAAUAUUAUUAAUAUGGAUGUCGCGGCUACUCAUGAUACAUUAGCUAACUUGGACAUUAACAUUGCUAACCCGACGGAAAUUCCCUUGGUAGUAUGUAGACGCUUUAAUAAAGAGGGGUUGCUAAUGAAUGAUUCGGACGAUAAUAGUUCGGUGAGAAUAACCCCUCAUUGUGAAUCAAUAAAGGCCGGGGAUGAGUCGUCUGUCUCCCCUGUGUAUACGCCGGAGAAAAUGAAAAUUGCUCCUUGGGAAGUGAGCAUUGCUUUCCCGAACUUGCCGCGAAUAAAUCCUGACCUGGAUGGGUUAUUGUAUGUAGAUAUGGAAAACGUUGAAGUAUCAACCGAGUCAUCAGGAAGGGAAAGCGCGGCGCCGGUCCCUCCUCCAUUUUACAUUCCAAACGGCGGGCCCCUUAAUUACUUCAUAGAUUUACAAACCAAAAGGGAUUUGGAAAGUCGACGGGAAGCCAUUUCUCAGAAGUGGGGUUUAAAAGAAGACAUCAACAUUAUUACACCGGGGAAUUAUGAUACUGUUAGAUUUCCCCCUCCAUACUGUAUAGCCGUAUAUUUUCCUUCAUUCGAAUUAGGACUUAGAUUUUCUCUCCACCCUUUUUUCCGAGAGGUGCUGGAUUUUUUGAACCUUUUUGUGCCCGAGUUAUACCCCAACGCUUGGGGUUGUAUGGUGGCAUUUUUGAUUCUUUGUAAAGUUUUGGCCGUGCCACCGACGCUCACAGCAUUUAGGUAUAUAUUUAGAGCCCGAUUAUGUAAUUCCCAAUUACAUGGCUGUGGUUGGAUAACCUUUACCCAUCGUCGUGGAUUGAAGAUAGUCCACGACCUCCCCGACAACCAGAAGGGAUAUAGGACCAAGUUUGCCUAUUUGUACAACUCAAGGGGAUGGAACAUCAAGACAUCCUUCGACAUCAAACCCAACCUUUCGGGUUUCAAUAAUGGGAUCCCGCAAUGUUCCUUUGACGACGCGGUGAUCAUAGAAUACGCGAAGAUGGACGUUCAGUUGGGGAGGAAACCUAUGAACGUCCAACUCAACUGGAUACCAGGUCGUCCCGAGUUGGAGAAUGAGAACCUCCUCUCGGCAUUCGGCAUUAGCUUGGCUAUCGAUCCGAGUAAGAGCCGUCGGAUUCCUUUCUCCCUUUUUAUAGUAUUUUACUUAUUUCUAACUCUUGAUUUUUCAGGGGUAUCCAAGGAAAAUUUAAGAGCAAAGAAUCCGGACCUGAUGAAGAAAUUCAGCGUCAUGCGAUUUGCUCAGGGAGCUAAUCAAAGGGCCGCGGAAAAGCCUCUCCCUCUUCCGCCUAAGGAUUCGGCCACUGUAGAGAAGGGCCUUGAUGAUGUGCACAGCCAGCAGGAGGCUCUCCGUCUCUUCGAGGAGAGGAAAAGAAUUCAUAUUCCCGAUGAGUCUGAGAGGGCGAUCCCUCAGACGAGGGAUGCGAAGAAAAAGAGUGGGAAGGAGAGGAAGAGGAAGAGAGACUCUUCUUCCCACGGGGAGAGCACGGCCAAGAGGGCCUCCGGAGACACCAUUCAUACGGCGGUACCUCUCCGGAUGAGGCCAUCUGUAGAAGAAGCGUCCUCUCCCCAGGCUGCUUCUGUGCCCAUUUCUGACAAGGACAAGGAGAAAGUAGGGGAGUCUUCCGCGGCUCCGGAUUCACAAUUUGCGGAGGUGUAUCGUCGUCGGGAAGUUCCACCCUUCCGACAUGAGACGCCCUUCACGAAGUUGGGGCAUAAGGGCCUGAUCGUUCGUUUCAACAGGGCGACGUCCAACCUGGUCAGCAAGGUGGAUGUCGACCUUCUAGAGUCCAUGUCCCUCCGCGAUAGAGUGCGUCGGGCGCAGGCUUCCGCGGCAGAGGCCUUUGUAAGGUUGGCUUUUGAGCUCAAUGUUAGCCGCCAAAGUGCCGCGGAUCAAGAGACCUUGGCCUCCCUUACCUCCCGCUGCGAAGAGCUGAACGGAGAACUGUUGAAGUUGCGGGAGGAUUUGCCGGGCUUAAAGGAGAAAUUGGCCAAGUGUUCUGAGCUGAAAGAACGCUUGGUCCAGACUGAGCAAUGGCGGGAAAAGGCGAGAAAGCAGCUGGAGGAGACCGUCGGGAACUUGGAUGCUGCUUCCAGCAAGUCGGCGACCCUCGGCCAUGAGAUCGGCCGCCUGAUGGAUAUUCAUGCCAUGCUGGUUCAUCAAAAUCAGCGUCUAAUGCAGCAGGUGGCGGCUGAUUCCGCCAAUUUCAAGAUGGUACUAUCCGCGGCUAAAGUGUAUAAACUUUGCUUGGGAAGGAAAGCCCGGAUAGCUCGAGACUGGCUGACUUCGGAUGAGCCGGAGGCGUGA